AUGGAGGCCGCCGCCGACGACCUCCUCGCGGCCCUCUCCUCCCCGAGCUCCCGCGCCGGCCUCCACUCCCGCUUCGCCGCCUACCUCCAGCCCUUCUCCCCCCACCUGCCCGCCGCCAACCCUAACCCCAAGCCGCCGCCGAAGAGGGCGACGAAGCAGGGCAAGCAGCAGCAGCCGCCCCCCGACGCGGCCGCCCUCCGCUCCCUCGCGAAGCGGUUCCUCCCGUUCCUCUGCCGCGCGCUCCAGCUCCUCCCGCCGCUCCUCCUCCCGAACCCUAGCGCGGGCGGCGACGCGGCGGGCCUCGACGAGCUGCUCGAGAUCUACGGCCUCACCCUCGACUGCCUGGCGGCCAUCUCGACCUGCCUCGCCGGGAAGCCCUACUCCGUGCUGCUCCAGCGCGGCCGCUUCGUGUGCUGCCUCGAGUCGCGCGGCCGCUACGCCCGCGCCGAGGCGGAGGCUGCCGCCACUCUCGACGCCCUCCGCUGCGCGCUCUCGCCACUGACGGCCGCAAAGCCUUCUCGUGGCGCUGCAAUUGUUGCUCCCCUCCUCCCCGAGCCUGGCAUUGCAGGAGAGGCUGGCGCGGACCCUGAAGUCACCAUCCUUGCGGUUGAGCUCACCGUAUGCCUUGCUAAUUGUGCCAGCAAGGGCAAGGUGAAGGAAGAUGCCUGCUACGAACGUGUUCGUAACCUUGUUGAGCAGCUCCGGCCAUGGCUCCGGAUUCUGACUGAGGGGGCCAGCAAGAAGUAUCUCACUCUGCUUGUGAAUGCACUGAGCCGCUGUGCCAUUUUCCUGGCUGCCGAGUCUUCAUUUUUCGACGCUGAUCUUGUCCGUGAAUUCUGUGUUGCAACCUUAGGGGAGUGUGAGAAGGCACAGCUGAUUGAACGCUUGCCCAUCGUUGCACGCAAGAUCUGUUCUUCUGUGGAUUUGAGUUGGGGUGAGAGCACAUCGCUUUUGCUUGCCGUGCUUGAGUCUGUUUUACGUGUCAAGGCCUACUUACCUAAAGCUUUGAACGAGUUCCUAGAGUUUAUAGAUUAUUUUUCUCGGAGUUUUCUUUCAAAUAGGGAUGUAAAUGCUGGUGCUUCAAAACUAUUUUAUGGACAAGGUGGUUUUUCUUCUGAGAUUUCCCCGCCCAUCGCCUCAGUUCUUCAUCUUUAUGCUACUGGAUUACACUUCAGUAGACAGCAAAUGGAAAGCGAAGAUCAGCCCUCUAUGUCAGUGGAUUUUCUCAAGAAUGAAAAGAACCUACAAACUUUGAACAAUGCACUGGGCACACUAGAACGGAUUUUCUGUGCCACUGAUGGCAAAUCCAGUAAACAUGAUAAUUUGGGUAAAUAUUCAAGUACACUAACUGAUGCCAGGCAUCCCAAUAAGAAAGACAGUUAUAGUUGUUCUCAGUCACGUGAGCAUAUUAAUUUUUUGGCAUAUUUGGAUUCUUUGGAGUUUGUUUGCAAGAUACUAUUGCAGCCUGCAAAUGCAGUUUGGGAGAGCUUCUUCAAAGAAAAAACAGUCCCCACUUCGGGGAAAAUGACAUGUGUCUUAAUGGCACUGAAUCAGUUUAUUGAUUCCAGCCUUUUUGCUUAUAGUUAUACCAAAAUGUCUGACGAAGAGAAGGAGAGAUUAAAUAAAACCUUACUGAGGGCCCUAGUGUCAGCAAUCAAAAUUUCCUUUGUGACCAAAGAGGCUAUCCAGAAGAGCUUGUAUUCUAUCAAUUGUGCCAUUUCAAGUACAUGGAUAAAGCUUGAGGAUUUCAAAUAUUUGAUCCCUUCAAUUGGUAACAUCGGCGUGACACUUUAUAAUAUUGGACAUUUUGAAGAGGCACCAAAGGCAUUAGAACUAUGCUGCCAAGCAACAUGGGCACAGAUCAGACUUUCUUACUGUAGACUAUCAACAAGAACGGAAGGUCACAUCAUAAUUGAGGAUCUACCGAAGGAUACACUGAAGGAUAUCAUUACAGAUGCAUUUGCUAGGAUAGAUAAGAUGGUCAACACUCUCCAUAGAUGUGGCUCAAAAGUGAUACGAGAUAUUGUUGUGAAGAGCUUUUCUGAAUUGUUGGCCCAUGGUGACACAUCAGAUUAUCACAAAAGCUAUUCGGUUCUGAUCGAGUCGUGGGUGAAGAUAACACUUAAGGAUUUUGCGAAUGACCAAAAUAUGGAUAGUGCCCCACUUCUAUAUCACUCUCUAAUGGGCUACCCAUCUCCCUUGCCAAAGAAGUUGAUAGGCUCAAUCUUAGAGCAGGAAUUAUUAAAAUAUGGAGAAAUGGAAUCUCGUGCCACCAUGCUCUGCGGAAAUAUGCAAAUAAGAAUAAUAGAUAUUCUAUUGAAUGAACUUUAUUGUUCAAAAGAGUACUAUCUGGACAGAUCAAAAGUUUUAGUUAGAAAGGCACAUGCACUCCGUUCAUCUGGGGUGCAAAACAUAAGCAGGUGUCUUGAGUCCUUAUCUGAAGCCAUAUCUUUACUGCGAAGCAUCUUACUGGAUUCAUCUCGAGGGAAUGCGAUUGUGAUGCAUGAAUUAGCUAUUGCUUACUGCUUGCAUGCACAUUGUGCGCAGGAAGCCAAUCGUGGCGGCAAGGUAAUCUUUGAUGAUGCUAGGAGUGCCGUUGGCUUGUGGUCAAAGAUGGGUACUUCUCAGCAUUCUUCUCCUGGUGUGAUCUUUCAACAGCCAUCAGAAACUCUUGUACCACUUCUUUGUUCUCUUGUUGAUUUGUUGGCCAUGAAGGGUCACUUUGAGCUUCAGUUUGAGCUGUGCAAGCUUAUCAUAAUGAUGUGGAAGCAAGAAAAUUUACCCAUAGAAAAGUUAUUAUCCAUGUUAUUUAUCAACCGGCGCCUUAAUCAUGCGUGCUGUCAUCUCCCAGUGGACCAGAAUUUUUUUUCUUAUGUGGCAGAACACCUUGGUGUUGAUUGCCGCAAUACAUUGUUUUGGAGAAACUGUUUCAAAGGAGAUUAUCCUUCUCUUUCUAUGUUUCUUCAGCAGUUGUGGCCUGUUGAAUUCUUUUCUCAACCGUGUGAAUAUUCCCUUGGAAAUCAGUUUGGUUUCAAUGCUAAUGUUGAUGGGAUUGUUAAAGUUGCAUCAUCUCUGGUUUCUGAAGUUCCUUUGAAUAAUCAAUCAGCCUAUCUGGCUGGCUGGCUGUAUUAUGAUUCGUCAGAAAGACUUCUGUCAAGAGGACAACUUCUCCAGGCCAUUUCAUAUGGAAGAGAAGCCCUCCAAUUGCGCAAGAAGCUCCUAAAAAAGAAGUUCAAAUUUAAUUUGGGCAAGUUUGUAAUCAAGGAAAGCGAAUGUUCUGGUGGGCAAGGCUUUGUUUCACUUGAAGCAUGGGGACCAACAAUGGCUGAAAUUUGGCCAGAUUGCACCAGGCCAAGCAGCAUGAGAGAUUCUUUCCUUACCCCAUGGAAUGUACUUAAAUGUUACCUUGAAAGCAUAUUACAGGUUGCUCUGAUGCAUGAGUUGAUUGGUGAUGGCACCGAAGCAGAAGUUCUAUUACGGACAGGAAAGGAGAUAUCAUGUUUCCAAGGAUUGCCAAUUUUUGCUGUUGUUUUUACAUCAGCGUUAGGUCAACUAUACUGCAAGAGACAGCUGUGGGAUGCUGCAGAGGGUGAGCUUAAACAUGCUAGGGAUCUCCUUAAAGAAAAUUGUGAAUUCAUUUCAUGUGAGACAUGCAGGUUGACUCAAGAGAUAUCAGUUGAUGUGCAAGCUGGGGAUCUGUUUUGGAAUCAAUUUGACAAAGAUUUGCAAAAACAUUCAACAUGCAAUUUGUCUCGUGCUUUAGGCAUGUACCGAUCUGCCAUGGAGAAAUUGAAUGACACCAGUUUGGAAUUUUCUGCUGGGUCCUGUUGUAAACUUAAUACUAGUUGCAUUUUGGGCAACAAAGACUGUAUUGCAGAAACCAAGCGUGGAGCUUGUAAUCGUGGGAAAAAACCCUUAGCAGCCAAGGAUGGAGUGUUACCUCCAUGUACUCCUUGUUUGUUGUUCAGUCAAGCACCUAUUGACCAGUACAAUGAACUUGUGGGAUUAAAAUCUGAAAGGAAAAACUUGAAGAAUGCCGAAAGUGCCCCACCAUUGGAUGUUAACGUUAAGACAUCCAAAACUUCAUCACGUUUAGCCAAAGAACAGAAUGCGGCAGCUCAUUCAAAGACUAGAACCACCCGAUCCAGCAAGCGAACUGCACAUGUGAAAAGUGAAAAAGAUCUAGCUGAACUGAAUAGUGAGAAUGACAUAUCUGGGAGCGACAAAUUGUCCACAGAUGCUUUAGUCUGUGGGAAGCUAAGCUGCUCCCUUGAUGGUGUUUACUGCAGCAGAGAUGACAUAUGCAAUAUGUUUGGGUGUUGGAAUUGCCUUUUUGUUAAUUCACUCAAUUCUGAGUCCAUUGAGAAUAUAUUGCAGUUCAGAAAAGACUGCAUCCGCCGACGCCAUCUUGUGUCUCUUCUGUUAAAAACAGCAAGAGCCUUGGGAGCUCAGGGUGGAAAGCAUGGAGCUCAUGAAGUUCAUAGUAUCUACUGGCAGUGUAUAUCAUUGUUGUAUUUCAGAUCUCUUCCUCAAGGUUGUUAUAGAACCUAUGAGCCUCAUUUAAUUGGACUAAUCAUGAAUGAAAAUACUGGUGAUUUUCUUUCUUUAGAGCGUGCGGAAAUACUAUGUAGUAUGAGUUUCUUUUUGUUGAAGGGUUUCCUUUCAGAACAGUCAAGGGAUAGUUGCUGCAGCUUCUCUAGUGUACAAACGGCUGAUAUCGUUUCUUGGUUGCUGAAAGCUUUUGUGUUAUCUGGAGAGAGUCCUUCACUUCUUCAGGAGGUUUGCAGGCUACUCACAUGCAUAUUCUUACUCUCAACGAUAGAUUCCACGGUUCAAUUACCUUUGUAUUCCAAGGGAUCUCUCUCUUUGAAUCAUUGGGCUGCUUACUUUCAUCAAGCUUCUGUUGGAACUCAUCUCAAUUGCCAUUACCUUGCAAGCUUACAGGCAUUGCCCAGAAAAACAGAUUCGAAGGGUCUUGUUGGAGAUUUCGCAAACAAGAUAGAUGAGGUCCCAAAGUUUCUAAGGUUUUCAUCGGCAGACAUGGAACAUCUCGAAAAGCAUGUAUCAGAAUUCUUCAAUCAACUUCCUGAUGUACCAAUUGUGUGCAUUAGUAUGCUUGGAGGUGAUUUUGUGAAUGUUCUUGGGGAAGCACUUCUUCUCCCUUCCCUGUUUCCUGCUUGGAUGUUGCUCUCAAGGUUUGAUUCAACAAACAAGCCUACCACAAUGCUUCUACCAGUGGAUUCUAUUUCAAAAGAAGCACAUAAUGAAGACUCUUCUAUCAAAGAACUGGAUAAUCCAACUAGAGCUUCAGAUAAGAAUUGGAAGUGCCCUUGGAGCUGCACUAUUAUAGAUUAUGUGGCUCCAACUUUCAGAAAGCUACUUGAGGAUAACUUUAGAUCCCUCUCUGGUGCAAUUGAUAUUCCAAAGGAUGGACAAGCAAAUGCAGUAAGGUGGUGGUCGGAUAGAAUGAAGCUCAACAACGACCUUAAUGAGAUACUGGAAAACAUGGAAAAAUUGUGGCUAGGACCCUGGAAAUAUCUUCUGCUGGGGCACCAAUCAGCUGACCAACACAGUGAGGCAGUGCUGGAAAAUCUAAUCACUGGUCUAGAAUCAGAAUUCAAACUUGAAGCAAAUCCGGCGCUCAUCAAGGUCAUCCUUGGUGGGGUUGCAUCAGUGGAUGAACUGAAAGAAUGUGUUUCUCAGCUUGUAUCAUAUAAAGCUUACUUUGGCAGGGGAGGGUGUUGUGGAAGAGAUAGACUUAGAGCCUUCUCUUGCCAGAUUGAUGCUGAAGCUCUGGUGUCCCUUGAGCAUUUAUGCAAUGGUGUAGUGAAUGAGCUGGCCGAGCCAGUUGAGAGAACUCCAGUGAUUUUAGUUCUGGAUACUGAUGUGCAGAUGCUUCCUUGGGAGAACUUGCCUGUCUUAAGGAAUCAGGAAAUGUACCGCAUGCCGUCAGUGAGAAGCAUCUUUCUAGCAUUGACUAGAAGCACUAAUCAUCAGAAAGAUGCCAGUGUCAUAGACCCUCCUUUUCCUGUUAUUGACCCUUUCAAUGCAUUCUAUCUGUUGAAUCCUGGUGGUGAUUUGAUCAGCACACAAGAGGAAUUUGAUCAGUUGUUUAGAAACUACGAGUGGAAGGGAAAUGCUGGGGAUGCUCCAACAGCUGAAGAGCUUGUCUUGGCCCUGAGGAAUCAUGAUCUUUUUCUCUACUUUGGACAUGGAAGUGGAAGCCAGUAUGUCUCUGGAAAGGAAAUCGAGAAGUUAGAUAAUUGUGCAGCUGCUCUCCUCAUGGGUUGCAGUAGUGGGACACUUCAUUGCAAAGGAGCGUAUGCUCCUCAAGGGGCCCCUUUGUCUUAUUUAUUUGCUGGUUCUCCGUCCGUCAUUGCAAAUCUCUGGGACGUCUCGGAUAAAGAUAUAGAUCGAUUUAGUAAAGCACUGCUCAAUUCAUGGCUGCAAGAAAAUGUCACGGCUGCCAAGAAUUGCUCUAAGUGUUGCCCUCUGACCCAAGAAUUUGAGUCCAUGACCAUCGCCGCGAAGGACAAUGUUAGGUCAAGACGAAAAGGCUCACGAGCUAGGAAGCAACAACAGACAGUAGAGAUGGGCGGCAGUAGUAGUUGCUGUAACUGCGGGCACAGGCGAAUAGCUUCACAUAUAAGUGAAGCUAGGCGUGCUUGCAGGCUUCCUCUUAUGAUCGGUGCAUCUCCUGUUUGUUAUGGUGUGCCUACUAUCAUCAGGAAGAAGUAA